GAUUAACCGCUGACUAUUCCAAGAUACCGCAUACGUAUUUCACGCGCGCCUGAUCACUAAUUAGUGAUUACCGCCUUCUUCUCUGGAGAAAUUGAUCAGCCGAGUGAGAAUGGGCAACAACUGAAACCAAAACAGACUUACCAUAGAGAGAAAUAAUUAAAAUGUCCGCUCUGAUCACAGUCGCAGAAGACGAACAGCGGCAAAGCCUUCUCCACCACUAUAAUGAUGAAGACGAAAAAGAAGAAGAGAUCGCACCUUCCUCAUCAUCAUCGGAUGAACGGGAAGCACUUCCGCCUCCUACACCUAAUCAACGGCUCAUGUCCCUCGACGUCUUCCGUGGUCUCACAAUCGCGCUGAUGAUUUUAGUUGAUGAUGCUGGAGGAGCUUUCCCUUCAAUUAAUCAUUCCCCAUGGUUUGGUGUGACACUAGCAGAUUUCGUUAUGCCCUUUUUUCUCUUUGGUGUUGGCGUUUCUAUCAGUUUAGUAUUUAAGAAAAUAUCUAGCAAAUCAGUUGCAACAAAGAAAGUCAUGCUGAGGACAAUUAAACUAUUUCUUUUGGGUGUGUUGUUACAAGGUGGAUAUUUUCAUGGGCGUAACCACCUAACCUAUGGGAUUGAUGUGCUCAAGAUACGCUGGCUGGGUGUAUUACAGAGAAUAUCAAUUGGGUAUCUUUUCGCUUCAAUUUCAGAGAUCUGGCUUGUCAACCAUUGCAUAGUUGACUCACCUUUGGCUUUUAUGAAGAAAUACUAUGCUCAGUGGAUGGUUUCUUUGAUACUAUGCUCCUUGUACACGUGCUUGUUAUAUUUCCUUUUUGUUCCAAACUGGGAAUUUGAAGCUUCAAGCAUCAAUUUGUUUGGUUAUGGAUCUGGUACUCAAACUGUGAUUUGUGGGGUAAGAGGAAGUCUUGAACCUCCUUGUAAUGCAGUUGGGCUGAUUGAUCGAUUUCUUCUUGGUGAACAUCAUCUAUAUCAGCGUCCUGUCUACAGAAGAACAAAGCAAUGUAGUGUUAACUCUCCUGACUAUGGACCUCUGCCACCAAAUUCACCUCCGUGGUGUCUUGCUCCAUUUGAUCCUGAGGGUAUCUUGAGUUCCUUGAUGGCUGCUGUUACCUGUCUUCUGGGACUGCAGUUUGGACAUGUACUUGUUCAUUUGAAGGACCACAUGCAGAGGAUACUUGUGUGGUUGAUUUCUUCUUUCUCUUUGCUGGUUACUGGAUUUGUUUUGAAACUGAUUGGCAUUCCUUUUUCUAAACCACUUUAUACAUUGAGCUAUACGUGCAUCACUACAGGAGCAUCAGGCUUGCUUUUAACCAUCAUCUUUUAUGCAGUUGAUGUCAAACAUUUUAGGAAGGCAAUAGCAAUUCUUCAGUGGAUGGGAAUGAAUGCACUCAUUAUUUAUGCUUUGGCAGCCUGUGACCUUUUCCCAGCAGCUCUGCAAGGUUUCUACUGGCAAUCACCUGAAAACAACUUGGUGUUGGAGACAGAUAGAGACGAGAUAUUUUAUGAUUCAAGUCAUUCCCUCGAGCUGGAAAAGACGAGAGGGGGGGAAAGUAAAAGAAAGAAAAAAGUUCUAUCGCUUUUGAUUGUUCUCACUCGAAAGAAGAAGAGAAGGUAACGGGGAAUAACUCCGACUCCAAAAGCCAGAAACAGCGCACAUUCUACUCCGACUGGUUUACCAUCUUGCAGUUGCGGGAUAACCUAAUAAUAAAAGGAAUAAAAAUAAAAAUAAAAUAUAAAUUCAUCAAAUAAAUAAGACUUGAUUAUCAAUACUAUUGAUGGAAAAAAUGGCUUCUAAAAAGUGAAAAAAAAAAAAAAACUAAAUUCAAACAAACCAAAAAUAUAAAUAAAUAAUUGCAAUAAAAAAGAAAGAAGAAUUGAAGUUGCAUUCAGAAAUUGAAAGAGUAGUCGAUAUAAUGAUAUAUUUUCUUCCAAAUGUAUCAAUAUC